AUGAACCGACCACUUAAGAACUCAGCAGACGGGAGGGUUGCCCUCCCAUAUUCGUCAGAAGGCGAGUGGAUCCUUCACAAUUAUGCCCAGCUGUGGGAGAAGUUCUCCCAGGAGGAGCCGCAGGUUUCACCCCAAAGGUCCCCACCAUCGACCCAGCUGCCAGUGAUCCCAGAAGGUCAUCUCCUGGCUGUUACUACACUGGGGGAACAGGCAGAUCCCUCCCAGAGUCCUGAGGCGCCUUCCACAGCCAUCAGUCUCCCCAGGAAGCGAGUGAGACUAUUUUCGUGGGAGUCAGCUUCGGAAUCGUCGGCGUCAGAGUCUGCCCUGCCUGAGACCAUACUCCCCCAACCCAUCUCUGACCCAGGUAUGACCUCUUCACCGCGGCCAAGGAGGAAGAGGAAGAAGGGGUCUUCCGGUCCUGCGUCUCUGUCUCCUCCUGACCCGGCAAGGCUGCCCGAGCCAGCAGCGUUGAGCGCUGGCAUGUCCGAGCCAGCAGCGGUGACCCUUGACCCCGAACCGGCGACAAAGAGAACUGUUUCCAAGUCCGCAGUCGUGAGGGCGGAGGAGAGAGCCGCGGCCGACUCUGCAACAGAAGCAUUCCUACAAUCCUUCAAGUCCCUACCAGUCCUGUCUUGUCCCCAGACCCUGUCCCCAGAGAUCCUGAGCCAGCUGCAGUUAGCGCAGUUCCUGACCCAGUUUCCGUCUCCACUGAUGUUGCCCCUUGUCCGGCUGAUGUUGUUGAGUGUCCAGCUGUUGUCUCCCCAUGUCCUGUGA